GCUUAUUCACCCGUUCAGCAUUUAGCAACCUGCUCGGAGAGAGGCCUGUUGUGAGACCCCGACACAACAGCCAGGAAAGCCCGCGAAAGGGAAACUCUGUGAUAUUGCCUCUUCGUCCACCAGAAGGAGUCCAUUACCCUACACAUUUCAGCCACUCUGCUCCAGCCAAAGGGAUCGUAUAAUCCUCAAGCCUGGUCGCGGAUAAGGCUGUAUCAACCGGGAACAGUCACCAUGGCCGAUGCAAUCAUGCAGUUUCAGAGAAUGAAUCCAAAAAUGACCCAGAACGGCUCGACAGCAGGGCUGUUUACCGAGGGGCGUCACGGCAGCAACACCCCAACCCGCUGCACGGAGAAAAGAGUACGGUUCGAGGCCGCCCCGGGAUCGCGCGGGGGUGGAGGAGGCGGCGGGUCAUCUAACAGCAGCAUUCCUCUCCCAUUCACGAGCGAGCCCACAAGUACCACCGCCCCGCCCCUGAUCGGAAGCCUGAACCCCCACCACCACAGCAGUACCGCCCCGUCCACCUCGGCCGUGACAAACUUCAACAGCAACUCGGAGCUGUUCCGUCAGAUCAACGCGCUGUUGGAGAACUCGCUGGAUCUGCAGAGUAGCAUCUGCAUGAACCAGCAACAGCCGGCAGGCAACGGGGCCCCCUCAUUGGGUGCCACCGGUCGGGACUUCAACGGAGGACCCUUUGCGGGAGCCAGCGUCUCCGGUGCGAAUCCCCUACAGGGACUUUUACCACCGCCAGGUUUGCAGCAGCAGCAACCAGACAGAAAUGACCCAGGGAAUGUGCUUAACCUCCUGCUGCCUCAGACAAGCAAACCCCUGACAGGAUUGCCCUGCGACAUGACCUCCCAAGCCUUCGGCCCAAUUACAGGGCUGCCCCAGGCCAAUUUGUCUCCCCUGUCCCCCGGGAAUGGGGGUGGGGGAAGUGGCGGUGGCGGGGGUGGGGGGUUUUCAGCCCAAUUCUUCAAUUCACCCUUGUCCUCCCCAACCUGGAGCGGCUACACGCUCUGUACCAACCCCAAGGAUGCCAUCACCCUCUCCAACAUAGACAAGUACCUGAGCGGGGCCCUGUACCAGCAGCAAAUGCAGCAGCAAUUGCAGCAACAGCAACAACAGCAACAACAGCAGCAGCUGCAACAAAACCUUGCCAUGAGUCCAGUCCCGAGCUAUGCCUCUCCGGAGUUUAACCGUGUUGGGCAGCACCGCCACUUUGGGGGCAGCAUCAGCAGUCCCGGGUCCUCUGAUUCCUCCAGCAUCUGGGAGCACGUCUUCUCACCCAUCGACCGGCCAGGGGCACGGGACUCUCGUAGCUCCAGUCCAACAGACUCAGACACCAGUGGGAUCAGCUCCACCUCAGCAAGUUCGGGAGAGCCCCUGGCGGAGGGGCUUUCAGAAAUGAUGGGUAACUUGAGUAUGGGUGUACCUUACAGUGCCCAACCGCACAGAACCACCCUCCAGCCAUUCCACAAAGAACCGGUGGACUACCAGGCCCAACUGUACCCGGACGUCAGCACCUCACAGGGAUACAGCGCAGUGUCCCAGGGGCACCAACAGCAGCCACUUCCCCAGCAGCAGCUGCCCAUGGGGGAACAGCGACUGCCCGCCUUGGACACAGUGUUCAACACUCUGGCCAGUGAUCCAUACAGCAUUGAGAGACUAGCACGACUCAAUCGUCAGGCUGCAGCGAUGUGCGAAGCAACUUGUACCUGGAGUGGAGUCCUGCCUCCAAGAAGUUACAAGAACCCUACGUACUCCUGUAAAGUCUUCCUAGGUGGGGUACCGUGGGAUAUCACCGAAGUGGGGCUUCAGAGCUGCUUCAAGCCAUUUGGAACAGUGCGUGUAGAAUGGCCAGGCAAAGAUGGUAAACAUCCCAAGUACCCACCCAAAGGUUACGUUUACGUGUUGUUUGACAAUGAGAAGUCUGUCAAGGCCCUCCUCCAAGCCUGCACCCACGAUUUCAUGGGAAGCGGUGAGUGGUUCUUCAAGAUAUCCAGCCGCAGAAUGAGAUCCAAGGAGGUCAAAGUUAACCCACCUGCAACCGUGCGCUACCCUUCCCAAGAAAUCCAACAAGACUACGAAAAAGUUGUUCAAGUGAUUCCCUGGGUUCUGUCUGACAGCAACUACGUCCGCUGUCCCUCGCAGCGGCUAGAUCCCGACAAGACGGUGUUUGUGGGGGCGCUUCAUGGCAUGCUGAACGCCGAAGGCCUGGCCCACAUCAUGAAUGACCUGUUUGGGGGUGUGGUGUAUGCUGGUAUCGACACGGACAAGCACAAAUACCCAAUUGGUUCUGGGCGUGUCACCUUUAACAACAGCAAAAGCUUCAUGAAGGCUGUCGGGGCAGCCUUUGUGGAAAUCAAAACCACCAAAUUCACCAAAAAGGUUCAAAUUGAUCCCUACUUGGAGGACUCCUUGUGUAGCCUGUGCCACACCCAGCCUGGUCCCUUCUUCUGCCGCGAGCAGACCUGCUUCAAGUACUUCUGCCGCUCCUGUUGGCUCUGGCAGCACUCGCUGACACAGCUGCGCAGCCACAAGCCCCUGAUGCGCAACAGCAAGACCAAAACAGCCGAGAGCUGCUACGGAGUCUGGUGAAGGAGGUGUUUGUCUAGCUCCCUGUUGAGGCACGCUCUCUUGGGGUGCACGCAUACAGGCAUGCACAGUGAACGCAAAGACAGUUGGUGCAACCGACUGUGAUUGCUGACUGCUGACUCAAAAGCUGGAGAUGAAAGCCAGAGGAGGAGGAGGAGAAUGAGAAUGUGGAUGUGUUGUGCAGCAUCCAGUUGGCUGUUGAGUCCAGGAGACUACAUGCUGAUUGGCAGCCUGUAAAAAACUGCUGAUUGAGAAAAGUUCAGUCUGUACCUGUCAGAUGAUUGGGCAAUUUUUUUCCCCCAGAAGCAGAUCCAUUGUGAAAAUUCUUGGUGAUUGAAGGAGUUCGGGGAUGCAAGGGGACCGGACUGGUUGAUUGAUCAAGCUAGUUUUGCAUCGUAAUCACAAGUGAUGAAUUAAUAAGGAGAUUCUACUGUUCACCGUCUUUGCAUCAAGUUUCGCUGACUGCUGAAUUGCUUGUAAUUUGUUAGGAAAAUCUUGGUCAAAUGACGUCCAGGGAGUGGAUAGCAUGGGCUUAUAAAUACAUUUUUGGUUUUGCCCAUGAAAUUCACUUCCUGAUCAUAAAAUUCAGUUCCUGAUGUUGGUGAUUUUAAUAAAAUGCCUAGCACUUAUCCGAAUCAUCUGUAUGGAAGGUGGCACAGCAAGAACGAAAUCAUAGUAAAUCUAAACAACUACCAUUGGCAGUUUUUGCUAAACUUAGAAAAAUUCUUUCCGUCGUUUAAUAACAAGAGAAACAUUGAUGUGAUUUUCUAGGUCCAUUCUGGCAAUCCUCACUGUCCACAUGAGAAUAUCAGGACACAAGGAAGAAAUACUAUAAUUAGUGCUUUUCAAUUGAACAUCAUAAAUCUUCAAGUGAUUUUUUUAUCAGGUGCACACAAACGUUACCCAACCAAGGUAUAACUCAUGAAGAUACAAAAUACAAGCUUUUAUUUGGCAGUUUUACAGGAAGAUUUUAGAAGUUAGUUCUUACCCAUCGGAUUUUUUAAUAAUUCCUGCUCAAAAAGAUUCUCAGUUUUAUUUAUUUUUUGGAAUUCCUUGGAAAUACAUCUUUCACAUUUAAACAAACUAGAGACAGGGAUUUUUUUAUAGAGCUGGAUUUUAACAAAAAUUUUUUGAAGGAAAAUAGGAAUUUCUUAUCACAGCAAUUUUUCACAAGGAUAUAUUACUGGAAGACUUGUUGGUUUAGGCCUUUUUAUAAGAGCAAAAAAUUAAGUUACAGAUCAUCCUUUGCGUAGUAUUUUAACAAAACCAGAAAUCAACCUGAGCAAUUAUUUGCACAUUUUUUUUAAUAACCUGAUGGCUAUUGUUUUUUUUUCUUUUUAAAAUGGAAAUUGAAACAUUUUACAUCCGUUGAAUGCCAUUUUCUAUUGAUAUAGAACACAGGAUAUAAACGUACAGCAUUAUUCUCAUUUUGUGUAGCAAAUGGAUUUUGAAAUCCGGAAACAAACAUUUCUAAAGUUGUUAGAAGCUGCAAAUGCUGUUUAGCACACUAUUUACAUUUAACAUAUAAAUACAUUCUACCCCUUUUCCUCAUUGUGUUUGAGUACGAGAACAUGUGCAGGCUUUGACUAACCAAGAAAAAUGACAUGAAAAUCAAUAUUCAAAAGUACUAUUUUGUAUAUGCCAGGGUGGAUGUUCUGAUCUAAGACGGUGCAUUCUGUAUGGAAAGGAAUAUUUUGUCAUGCUCAAAUAUUUCAGUAUUUUUCUCUUUUGAUAGCAUUUAUCUUUUACUAGUAAUGCCCAGAUAGAAUCUUGGGUAUGUAUAUUUCUUUGAUCCAAAGAGGACAAGCCAUCCAGUUUUUGUAUAAUUUUUUCAAGGUAUUUUUCUUAAUGUAGAGGUUGAGAUAUUUUUAAAAAUUAAUUGUGGAAGGAAGAUCCUCCAUUUGAAGGUUUUGGGGCAAAAUCAGAAGGAGAAUGCUCGCUUCGAGAAAAAAAAUCUUUGGAGAGUAAAUGUUCUUUUUCAUCGUGAGGUUCAAACUGAUGUUGCAAAAGCCUUAAGUGCUUUAAGUGCUAAUUUGCCUGAACUUUUGUCGCUUUCAACUUUAUUACUAUUUUUAAAAAGAAGCAAUGAAAACAUGUAUAUUUUCAUUUUGUAAGAGAAGUGUAUAAAAUGAUAUUGUGAUAUUCUAAAGCUGGAAAUAACAAGAAAGUUAUUUACCCGUCCUGAGCUUUAAAGAGAAAAGUCAGUAGAAGAAGUACUAGGUUGUAUUAUUUGAACUACUGCAUGUGUUUUUGGUGGCUGUCAAGAAAAGUUGAAGUGCCUUUAAAUAUAUUGCUUUCGACUGCCAAAACAAAGAAAGUUACGAUUUUAAGUGUUGGUGUUUAAAGUAAUUGAACUGCGGGAAUUAAAGAAAACCCAGGAAAGCUGUUAGGUAUUGGAGUGCAGGUUGCUAUUUGCUCAAGCGGUUCCUCCUUGCGACUGGAAGCAUCCCCUGACUGUGGAAUUUUUGCCUUUUUGCACUUGUACGUUAAACUGUAACUAGUAAAGCGAAUGUAUUUAACAUUUUUUGAUAAUGUGUCAGUGUAUACCCAUUUUUGUUAGCAUUGAAUUUUGUGGGAAAACAAACAAUAAACCUGAACAGCAUAAGUAUCUAAUUUGCAUAUAUGGUACACAUUUUAUGUAGAUGUUCAGAAAUACAGUUGCCAUGACAUUAGGUGAUUGUAACUAUUUUGCUGACUGGUGAUAGUAUUUUAACAAAUUUUGCUUAGAAAAUUGGACACAGCUAUUUUUCCGUAUUUACAGAAUAUGUAUGGUUUUUGUUUUUAAAUAGAAACUCUGGGAUAGUGCUCUUGUAAUGUAAAAAGUAGCUGUUAAAUCUAUGCAUAGUUUUUCAUGUUGUUUCAAAGGCAUCCUAAGUUUAAUUGAGUAAUUUAGUUUUUUCAGCCAAAAUAAUAUUGCCCAUUGCAAAUCAAUUGGAAUCCCGAGUCCCAACUUGUCGUUGCAGAUUAGCAUUUCCUGGACCCAGUAAAUUUGAGUUGACCUAUUGCAAAAGUUGAAAAGUGAACUGUUGGUUGAUUGAUGUUGCGCUACUCAGCCUUAAGACCACUAAGCUAGCCUCAUGGAAACUGCUGUCAAACUGUUGUCUAAUGGUCAUGAUAUAAUCUGCUAGUUCUGCCUGCCGUUUGUAUGUUGCCUUUGGCUGUUGACGCAGUAUGUAAUCGUGUCCCAACAAGGUCAGGAGCACUCCUGUGGCACUGGUCCAGGCAUUUUAUAUAGCAGCUCUCAAUUAAAACGAUUUGGUUGGGUAGGAUUAAAUACUGAAUUAAUGAUUACAUUUUCACGAUGAUUUGGACUCUUAACAUGAUUGUAGACUGCUUAAGAGUAGGUUUUCUAGUUAGCCAUCACUUCAAGUUUCUGAUUGUUUUCCAAUGCUAGGUAUAAGCAAAAUACAAAAUGAUGCAUCUUGGAUAUUCAUAUUGUGUCACACACUGAAAUGGGCAUAGGUAGUAUUGGUAAGGGUAGGUUGCUAAGGUGGCAAGAGUGCAAUCAAUGCUAGGACCAUCAGUAACAGCCACAAACUUCAUAUACAAAUCUGGACCUGUAGUCCCUUUAUCAACAUGCAGAGGUCACUGAAGCCACUGGGCGACCAUCUUACCAUGCCGAAUACAAAGGUAGUACAAAAGUCUGCUCGCCAUUGUUCAUCAAAUUCGUUUGUGGUUCAUGUUUCAAUAGUUACAGUAGCGAGCCAGCCAACCAUUGCCUUUGUAUUUGGCACGGUGAAAUGGCAGCCGGUGGCUUCAUUCAGUACAAGAGCAUUGCGAGUUCAAAUUUUUUUCUCAAAACAUGCUGCCUAUUGUCCUCUUAAUGUUAAUUUUUGUUUUAUUUGUUCUUUGAAUUUUCAGAUCUGUUAGAAGUUGACAAAACAAAUGCAGAACAAUUAAAGUACACUUAGAGUAGUUUUAAAGAAUUAGAUCAUUGUUUGGGCUUCCAUGCUUCAAAGAAAUUUGAGAGUUACUGAUGUUUACAUUUCUUCUGCGUGUACUUGGUACUUUUGUGUACUUUUUGACUUCUUUAAUUCUCCAUUUGAAUUUAUUUUAUAAACGGUGUUAAUGUACCAAAGGAGGAGGUAUACUUUAUUAGAUUUGCAAAUUCCUGUUUAACAUUGUUGUAAUUUAAAUUGUUUUGUGCGUUACAUUGCACCCUCCCAUUUCACAUUUGGCACUUGACAUAACGUGAUUGAUGUGUGCAAUAUUUUGACAGAUAAGUUUUGCCUGUGAUUGUCAAAUAUGCCAUAUUUAUAUUUUUUUCUUGUUCACAUCAGUUGAUUGUAGCACGUGGUGCACUGACGUUAAAUAAAGACACCUGUUUCUGCAUGCAUUUCAA